AGGAGUUUUGACGGGACACGGAACCACUAGCUUGAACUCUGGGAGGAAAUUGGGUUUAUUUGCCGGAAAGACACUGCAACCAUAGACAAUAUCAGCCUAAAACGCUCGUAUUGAUCCGAUAUCGAUCCCCGUUUCAGCAUAGAUUCUAUCAACAUCGGGGGUGGGUCUACCCCCCCGCACUAACGCGUGUGUAGACCCACCAGAGUCCACCUCGUCCAGCUCUUCCGCUGCCCUAAAAAUGACACUCCUGUGUGGGCGUGGCCGACCGGCUUUCCACGCAGCCACUGAGGAAGCACCAGCCCGACAAGUUAGUCAACACGGACGGAGUGCAAGUCAUGCUGACCGCAUCAUUUUAACGUUCGCGGGGCCGUCCGUUCCGCGUGCCCGGCAGUCGUAGCCAGUCUGUAGCCAGCCAGUGAGAGCUCGCGCUCCCAGCCGCCCCGCGCCUCGACGCCCCUCGACCCGGUUUAGCAGCCCCGUUAGCUUAGCACCCGACGACCACAUGGACCUUCAAAACACCGACGUGAACGCGGAGGCGACCGUGCAGCUGAGCCGCGCCAAGACCCUCCGGCUCCACACGGGCAACCUGGUCAACAGGAGCAGGAUGAAAAAGAAAUGCCCGGGCUCCCCCAGCGAGGAGCUUCGGGACUGCAUUCAGGCCACGCUUAGCGACUGGUUCUCCUCAACAAAACCAUCAACCACGGACCUGCAGGAUACACUGGUCUGCUCCAUUCCUGAGGCAGCAGAUGCUAUCAAACCGGAGGAGAGGGAGGAGAUGAAGGUUUCAGCUAAGCUCUUCCUGUGUGAGGCUGGUCAGUCUGCCAUCAGAGAGGCAGUGGAGAUGGCCUCCCAGAUGCUGACCGUGUCUCAGCUCGACUCGGUCAGCAUAGCCCCCCCCUGCGCUCCGGAGGGGGACAGCCAAACGCUGGCCCACCUGCAGCCAGCGUGGGAGGAGCUGGAGGCUCUGGUGAAGAGCCGCAAGAUUGCAGCCAUCGGCACUUCAGAUCUAGACAAAGACCUGCUGGAGCAGCUCUACAACUGGGCUCAGGUGAAACCCAGCAGCAACCAGGUCAACCUGGCCUCCUGCUGCGUGAUGCCUCCUGACCUCACCGCUUUCGCUAAAGAGUUCGAUAUCCAGCUGAUCACACACAAUGACCCCAAAGAGCUGAUGUCUGCUGCUGCAUUCCAGGAGGCGGUCCGUGAGGGGGCGCGGGUCCUGAGCACCACCGACUGGAGGCUGGAGUGGGUCCUGCGUUACUCGGUCAUCGUCAAAAGCCGAGGCAUCAUCAAGUCCAAGGGAUACCUCGUCAGUGCAAAGAGGGCGAGCCCCUAGCCCCCCAACGGCGAAAUCAACCGCACGGAUGAAGCCAUUUUCCACUCUUUCCAUUCACACACACAACACAAAGCUCCAGCUCUGCGUAACGAAUGGUGCCAAUCACCACACGUCUUGAAGUAGUUAAAUUUUUUGAUGAGGCCGUAUUUUGGAUUUCUUCUGUUUAACAGACGGAAAUAGUCAAUACUGUUGUCUCCGUAAGACCAAAAACAAAGGAGAGAUGGAUGAGAUCAAGCCUGUAUUUAGCUUCUGAGAGAUGAUUUGAUGUGACUUGAACAGAUGUGGAGAAAUUAGCUGUAGCUGUUCACCUCACCUCUUUUAAUGGGAAAUCGUAGCUGCUAAAUCAGUUUUUCAGCAGAGGUCUAUGUGAAGUGCCUCAUCUUUCCUCUUCUUCUGCUCUCAUACUGCUGCGUCUUCACCCCGUUUGUGGGACUUUAGCCCCAAACAAAUCGGUCUGUAUAAGAACACUGAGGAGGCAAAGCAGGAUGACAAGUUAGGAAUGUAGAUGUGCUCUUGAUCAUUGAUCUAAUUCCAUUUUAGUAGAAGAAACUACAACAAUGCCACAGGAGAUACAUCUAGAUCAAUAUUUUAUUCAGAAAAUUUGAAUUAUUUUCUUUUUAUAUAACACAAUUUACAUUCCUUUGGGAAAAAUGAUGCAUUUAUUCAAACCGAAAUACACUCAAGUUAUUGAAGGAUAGAUAUUACAUUUUAUCUGGUAAAAUAGGGUUUUAAAAAUGUUUUUUUUUAAAAAGAUUAUUCCUCUGACAUUUUUAAAAAAUGGCUGUGGAGAUGCAUUGACAUGUUUACCCCCAUACUCAUGAAUGAAGCAAUAUUUUGACAUUGACAUAACUAGUAGGCUGAUGUCCUUUAUAUGUUGUCAUAGCAGCACUGGAAGAUGUAGAUAAAUUGUUGAGAUGAGGUUUUAUUUUAUGAUUUUUUUUCAGACAAGGUCCAGUAGGGUCUCCGUUUCUCUCGUACUGUAAAUCUAUUUAAUAUAUCAUGUCUGUAUAUCAUGAAUUGGCUUUAUUAAAAUAAUGAAAAGGCAUAUGUUUGAUACUGCUUGAAAUCAAGAUUUUGAUCUCAUGAAAUCGGUGGAAUAAAGAAAUCUUGCCGUGGAGUCAGC